AUGGCACGAGGUAGUGGCAAUGUGGCCACGGCAUUGGCCAGUACACAGAGGGCAAAGAAAGAACCAGAAUUGAAAAAAGCUGAGAAAGAGAUAAAGAGGUUCAUCAACAUGGCGGGUGGGGUGUUGCCUGUGGAUUCAUCACCAAUUACCAAUGGCUUCCCUUCCAAGAUCACGCUCUCAAUCGUCAUCACCUGCAUCGUUGCUGCAUCCAGUGGACUCCUUUUUGGAUAUGACCUCGGAGUUUCAGGAGGAGUGACAACAAUGGUGCCGUUUCUGGAAAAAUUCUUCCCAGACAUAUUAAGAAAGAUUGGUGGCAGUGAAGUGAACAUGUACUGUGUUUAUGACAGUCAAGUUUUGACAUUGUUCACCUCUUCUCUGUAUCUUGCGGGGUUAGUAUCGUCUCUGGUAGCUAGUCGAGUAACAACAGCAAUAGGUCGAAGAAACACCAUCUUAUUAGGUGGUGCUGUUGUUUCUUCUCGGUGGUUCCCUUAA